CACCAUAGAGAGUCCCGAGUCGCGAUAGAGCGUCGUGUCGCGCCCCUAGACGUCACAUAAGCGCCAUUCGCUGAAGGCUUUCCCCGCCCACCUCAGCUAUGUUCUUUCUUUCCGGACCUGCUUGAUCAGGAGUCGCCAUCAUGGGAGUUGACAUCCGCCACAACAAGGACCGAAAGGUUCGGCGCAAGGAGCCCAAGAGCCAGGACAUCUACCUAAGGCUGUUGGUCAAGUUGUACAGGUUUCUGGCCAGACGAACCAACUCCACCUUCAACCAAGUUGUGCUGAAGAGGUUGUUCAUGAGUCGCACCAACAGGCCACCUCUGUCCCUUUCCCGGAUGAUCCGGAAGAUGAAGCUUCCUGGCCGGGAAGGCAAAACAGCUGUGGUUGUAGGGACCAUAACUGAUGAUGUGCGCAUCCAGGAGGUGCCCAAGCUGAAGGUGUGCGCACUACGUGUGAGCAGCCGUGCUCGGAGCCGCAUCCUCAAGGCAGGAGGCAAGAUCCUCACCUUCGACCAGCUGGCCUUGGACUCCCCCAAGGGCUGUGGCACCGUCCUGCUCUCUGGUCCUCGAAAGGGCCGAGAGGUGUACAGGCAUUUCGGCAAGGCCCCAGGAACCCCUCACAGCCACACCAAACCCUAUGUGCGCUCCAAGGGCCGGAAGUUCGAGCGCGCCAGAGGCCGUCGGGCCAGCCGAGGCUACAAAAACUAACCCCAGAUCCUUUCUUGCUAUUAAAAGAUUUUUGGAUGCUGA